GGAAAACAUUAUAAAUUUAUUUAGAAAUAACAAUAAAAAACAAUUGAGAUUAUUCAUACAAAGUGAAAUACCUUCUAUAUGCCUCAUCAAUGAAAGUUAGAUUUCUUAUGUGGAUUGUCUUAACAUCAACAGUAUUACGGUUGGCAGAUACGUUGAAAAGUAAAUUUCAAAACUAUGAUGAUUAUUUCGAUUUCGAUCCUGAAAUGGAUGAUGAGGUCAGCUUAAAUGUCAUACAAAGGCCGAAUAAACUAAUUCUAAAUGGAUUGCCGCGUUCGGAUAUCUUGACUCUUACUGAAUUACCGCUACCAGCCGAAACGACAGAAUGUGUUACAAUUCAACCCUUCAAUCCACUACCCCCAACAACAAUGCAGGAUACAUCAACUGGAAUAGAACCACAACAGCAGCCACCUUCACCUUCUGCCAAUGUGCCACAAAACAUUGUCCAUAAUGAAGAUCAGAAUGAAAAGGCUACAGAACUGAGAAAUUUGGUUCAACUGUUAUAUAUUGCUCAGGCAAGGGUGCAACUUGAAGCUGCCGAAAUUAAAAAAGCUCAAGCGGUGGCCAAUUCAGCGCAGCAGUGUCUCGAGGAAGCUGCCAAUCAUGUACGAACAAUAACCGCUGCUUUGCAAAACUCUCAGCAAGAAGUUGCCUCUGCUGCUAUACGUGCACAAACCGCUCAGUUACAACUUGCAGCCCAUGAUCAAUUGCUAUUUGCAGCUCGCCAAGAUGUUGACGCAUUGUCGUCGCAAAUGGUGGGCUUACAGGCUGCCGAGGGCAUUACACAACCCAAAAUAACAGUCGACUUAACAGAUCUACUAGAAAAACUCCAACAACCUCUGCAAGAAGCCGAAAAACCCACACCAGUGCCUACAGUUUUACAAAUUUCCACUCGAGCUACAAAUGAACAGCAGACACAGAAGCUGAAACGCUACAAGGCACAAGGCUAUCGGCAGUUUUAUUACAAAUAAUUCAGGUAGACAUGCAAAUUCAAUUUAUUUUAUUCUGUUUUAAUUUAUAUUUUAUAUACAUAU